AUGACGAGGCUCGACUGGGAUUGGCAGGACUGCGACUUGUGCAGCCUUCACGGCAACCUACAAUAUGGGGACCCUGGACUCAUGGAUGCUGGGGUGGAGAGGAAGGAUAUCGAGGCUGGGUUCGGGACUUGGUGCUACAGUGAGCCGGGGGAUAGGAAGGCGUGGGGAGAUGCCAUGAUUGAGAGGUUGAGAACGGGACAGAUGAGGGGACGGGGAAUUGAGUUGGGGUUGACGACGGAGGAAGGCGUGGAGGAGAUUGUUAAGGGGUGGGAGGAGUGGAUGGAGAGGGGGGAUGCGACUUUGGGGAUUGUUAAUGGGGAGGUUAUUGUGAGGAAGGUGGCCUCUUUGCCGAAAGCUACCUAGGAGAAAGAGCGACACAUCAUGCUACGGGAUAACAACUGGAACAAAGGAUGUGCGGAGGUUGUCAGGAACAAUGGAAAGUGCGUUGGAAGCGGUCAAUUCCGAUGCAUGCCCCUGAAACAGUUCGUAGAAGGAACUACCAAUUCGUGGAAGGAACUACCAAUUCGUGGAAGGAACUACCAACGGCAUUCGAUGAGAACAAACACCUGCGGCUAGCGGCAACAUGGAAAUUUGCCUUGUGCAGCGCACUAUACAACCCCGCGUCUAGCAUUAUCCAACUUCCAUCUCCCCUUCUUCUUC